CUGAUAUCCUUUAAUCUUCAGGUUAAAGAGUACGAAGACAAGGUGGAUGGAUUGGAGAAGGAAGUUCUAGUUCAUAAACAAGAAAUUGAUCAGCUUAAACUUACAAUAUCCUCAAUGGCAGGAUUUGAGUCUGAGGUGAAAGCAAUAAGGUUAAAGAUGGAUUCUAUAUCAGGAGUUUACGACGACCUUAAUGAAAAGAUGCAUGAUGUAGACAAGUCUAUAAAGAACAAUUUGUUGUUCUAUGGGUUGAAUCCAGAUUACACACCAGAACUUCCCUCUUCUCUUCUUCCUAGGAUUCAAGACCUGUUCAGGUUUAACCUCAGUAUUUCUAGAGAUAUUCCCCUUGCUAAAGUUACGAGGCUAAGUACAGGACCAGAAAUCAGAGGUUGCAGACCUAUUCUAGUAUCUUUCCUUCAUUUCAAGGACCGAGAAGAGAUUUUGAGCAAGUCCAAACUGUUGAAAUCUACCAAUGUUUAUGUUUCGGAAGACCUCUCAAGAAAAACAAGAGAACACAGGCAAGAGCUGCAGAAAUACAUGAGAAAGAUAAAAAUGAGGGCUCCAAACAAAAAAUGUUCUAUAAGAUAUGACAAGCUCUUUAUCGACAAUCAGGCGUAUGUAUACGAUGAAGGUGAAGGGAGGGUGGUAAGGCAUGUGCCUAAUGUAGAAGGACCAAGGUCGGAUUCAGGUUUAGGACGGAGUGAGUCGGUUUUAGGAAGAAGAACCGGAUUAUCAAGAUCAGAAAGUGUCCACUCAGUAAAUGGGCAUCCUGAUACUGGGAUAAAGAAGAUUAAUAAUUUUGGAUCCUCAGAUGAUGUUUCAGAGUCUAUCAGACAAGUGAAGACCCCUGAAAUAUCAUCAAUGCCGAACAUAUCAGAGGAAAAGAAAACAGGAGAAGAAUUUGAACAACAGGAAGAAAUAUCAGCAGAGAAGGAAGGAAAUGAAGAUGAAUAAAACAACUUAAUAAAUAUAUCUUAUGAUUCAUCAUUGUUUAGUAAAAAUUCAUGUCUAGAGAAAUGUGUUUUGUUAAACUGUUGAUUUUUGAUCUAAAAAUUUAAGAUUUGCUAAAAUGAAAAAUCUGAGAAUAGUUAAAA